AUGGCGGCUGCAAGAGAUGCAUCGGAAAGGCAGUGGUCGCCCUUUCGGCAGGAAAAAACAAGAAAAUAAACCGAAAGUUGCAGAACGAACUUCAUAUUCCUGCCACACAAGGAAUAUUCGAGUGGUAGCGUAUCCGGUAGUAUUGCUGUUUCAUCUGAUCAGAGCGCUUGCUUUCCAACUUUGGUUGCUCUUGGUGUUUGCUUGCAAUACGACCUCUCGUUUGCUUCCAAGAAAAUACAACCAUUUAAAUCGACAAGACUCUGCUACCUCGGAUAUCCAAGAAGUGGUCACCAUGUCAAAUGGAACGCCAUCAAAUCCCGGGACAGGUCCAGCGGAACCGGUGUUGUCAAGACAGAAACAGCAUCACAGAAAGGCAUUUGAAUAUAUUUCCAAAGCCUUAAAAAUUGACGAGGAAGAGACCACAUAUCAGUUUGAAGGGACAGUCAUGGCACAAAAAAGAGCUUUUAGAGCUAGAAAGGAGCAAGCAGUGGACCUGUACAGGAAAGGUAUUACAGAACUGGAGAAAGGAAUAGCUGUACAGUUGAAAGGUCAAGGGGAGGCAUGGGACAGGGCCAGAAAUCUCCAGAGCAAGAUGUUGACCAACCUGGUGAUGGCGCAGGACAGACUGGAUGUUUUGGAAAAGGCCUUGAGGACAGAUGACUAUAUGCCAUCCCCAGGGGCAGGACCCCCAGGGGAGAGGGGUGCGGGUGUUUUAAAUACCCCCACUCCAGGAGCCUCAGGUGGUAAACCCGUACCCACCACUGCCAGUCCCUGCUCAGGUCAGAUGCUGCCCCCUAUAAUAAAACUAUCAGCGGAAGGAGAAGAAACAGAAAAGCAUGUUGCUGAAAAGAAAACUGCUCCAUCCAGAAGAAUCCCUACAAAAGGCCACGCUAAAAGCAAUUCUUUGCCCCGAGUGGGUCAGCGCAAUGUCAGUCCCUCCACUUCCCCGAGACCAGGUGCAGGCACCAGGAACAGAAGAAAGGGGAGUCUGAAUAUCCAGCAAAGAAGAUCUCAGCAGAAUAAGAAUGUAAAUUUUAAUUCUGAAAACUUCAAAAAUGUGGACAAGCGUCUAGCACAAAGUUUAUUAGAUGAAAUAGUUGACCAGGGACCAGCUGUUUCAUUUUCUGACAUAGCUGGGCAGUCAGUUUCCAAGCAAGCCCUGCAAGAAAUAGUGAUUUUGCCUUCUCUUCGACCAGAGCUGUUCACAGGCCUGCGAGCGCCAGCCAGAGGGUUGUUAUUGUUUGGUCCUCCUGGUAAUGGAAAAACAAUGCUGGCAAAGGCUGUAGCUAACGAAUCCCAUUCCACAUUUUUUAGCAUAAGCUCUUCAAGCCUUACAUCAAAAUAUGUUGGAGAAAGUGAAAAACUUGUCCGGGCAUUAUUUGCACUUGCCAGGGAGCUGCAACCUUCCAUAGUUUUCAUAGAUGAGAUAGAUUCCAUGCUGUGUGAGAGGAAAGAGGGUGAACAAGAUUACAGCAGGAGAAUAAAGACUGAAUUCCUUGUGCAGUUUGAUGGGGUAACAAGUAACAGUGAAGACAGAAUUCUCAUCAUGGGUGCAACAAACCGACCUCAGGAGCUGGACGAUGCUGUGCUGCGUAGAUUUCCCAAGAGAAUCUAUGUCGGCAUGCCAGAUUUUGAAACAAGGCGGGGCAUGCUGACCCAUUUACUCAGCAAGCACAAUAAUCCCUUAACAAUGGAUGAAAUAGAUAGACUAGCAAGGAGCUGUGAAGGCUAUUCUGGCAGUGAUAUGAAUGCUCUAGCUAAAGAUGCUGCCUUGGGACCAAUUAGAGAAUUGAAUCCAAAUGAUGUUAGGACAAUGGAUGCAAGCCAGAUUCGGAACAUUCGCCUGUCAGAUUUUGAACAUUCAUUGCGCAAAAUCCGCUGCAGUGUUCCUCAAAGAACUUUACAAGCGUACGAAUCUUGGAAUCGGGAAUAUGGGGACAUGUCAGCUUUAUGAGUUUUGCAUACGCAAAAGACCUUACAGAAAUAUCACUUCCACAUUGGAAAAUUUUACUUGGGGUUGAAUAAGAUCUCUCUUUUGGAGCCAUGUAUUGGUGCCCAAAUCAAACUGAACUGAUUUGAAAUAAACAUCUGAGUCUGGCUUACCAUAUUUGUUGCAGAGUGUUGGGAGUACCCAAGUAAUGGCAGGGUCUGUGUAUUGUAAAAGAUAAAAACCCAGCUUGACAGGUGCCCCUGGUGGGCCUGAGGAAGUGGUGCUGUAACUAAUGUGGUCCUGCUUUAUCAACUGUGUAGCUGGAGGUGCUGGGCAGGUUGUAGAAAAUCUUUCCAGUCUGAUGUUCAGUGAUAUGAGCUAUGAAUAGAGAAUUAUGGGUCAUGAACAUUAUGAUAUUAUGAACACAAGAACCUUUAUUUUAUUUAUUUAUUUUUGUUUUUGCCAAUUACAUUCCUUUUCACCAGAUUAAUGCCAAAUUCAUGAAGAAGUAAUAUAAGAUUUUUUUUUUCAUUUUCUGUAAUGGUAGCUAAUCGAUAACAAUUAUUUGCUAGCAUGAGACUAAAUGGGUGUAGUUUGGGCUAAAACAAGUUUUGUGGGAAUUGUAAUGGUUCAUAUUUUGUGUGGACAGGAACUGAAUAUAAUUUAUACUCACCUCAAGCGUAAUGUGAGGAAGGGUUUUAGGGAAGUUCUAUAAGAUAAACCUUAUCAAAAAAAUUUGUACUAAAUAAUAAGUCAUCUAUUUUCCUUGGAAAAAAUCACAGCGAAAGGCAUUCCACAUCUUCAGUGUAAUCUUACUUUGUGUAAGUGGGUUGUACUGUACGGUACAGGCUGUGGUUGAUGGAAGCAUCUGGUAUUACAGGGAUUGCCAUUUAUUCCCAUACACCUAUGCAUUAACUGAACAUUGCAGCAUUUUCAAUCAUAUGGGUUCUCUUUAAUGUUUAAUAUUAAAGCAAUCAUAAAUGGCUUUUUAAGAAAGCUUUCAAGUCUUAUGAACAAUUACAUUAGACCUGUGUGUCUAAGUUUUGUUUAUAUUUUCAUUUGGUCAUCUUUAGUUGUAUGAAAAUAUUCCUUUGUGACUGAAGAUAAAAUAUGAAACUUUUUUAUCCAAAUAUUGAAGUAAAAAUAGUUUAGGGGGAUAUGAGAUAAGCUUUCUGUCAAGAGCUCCAAUUUUAAAUGAUUUCUUUUGUAAGAUAAUCCAAAUUAAUGUCUCCUCUUGCUUUACUUCGAUGACAAAAACUUUGGAUGAAAUGAAUUUAUAUAUUUUGUAACAGUUUUUGCAAAGAAUAUUUUGAGUAAAAAAGACAUUUAUCUGCUUUGUAUGACCUUUUUGUUGUUAAAGUCCAUUUUCCUAUUUAUUUAUAUUCAUUUAUUUAAUGUCAUCAGUUGUUUGUCAUUAAGAAGGUAAUUUAACAAAAAAUUUGCAUAACUGAUAUCGUUAGAACAGUUUACAUGCAGCGAUAUAUGAAAAUAAAUAUAUGGAACGGA